ACGUUAUUUUUGUAUUUGCAAUUGCAGAUGAAAUAAAUGAUUCUCCAAUCGAGCAAGUCCGACUCACAGUUCCUAUCACAGACGAUCCUACUAUGCCAUGCUUGACGUUUCGAACAUGGGUCUUGGGGAUAGUUUCCUGUGCUAUUCUCUCAUUCUUGAAUCAGUUCUUCACCUACCGCCAAAAUGCACUCUCCAUAAGUUCUGUUUCAGCUCAAAUCCUUGUCCUUCCAGCUGGGAAGCUCAUGGCAGCAUAUCUACCUCGCAAAUCAAUUCAAAUUCCUGCAACAAAAUGGUCAUUCUCUUUAAAUCCAGGACCCUUCAACAUGAAAGAGCAUGUCCUCAUCACCAUAUUUGCAAAUUCUGGUUCAAACACUGUUUAUCCUGUUAAUAUUGUUACCAUAGUGAAGGCCUUUUAUGGCCGUGGGAUAAAUCUCAUAGCAGCUAUGAUGUUAUCUCAAAGUACACAGAUGCUUGGAUAUGGAUGGGCUGGCAUUUUCCGAAGGUUUCUUGUUGAUUCACCUUACAUGUGGUGGCCCUCAAACCUGGUUCAAGUUUCACUCUUCCAAGCAUUGCAUGAUGUUGAGGUUAGGCCCAAAAGAGGCCAAACAAGGCUGCAGUUCUUCUUUCUGGUCUUCAUAUCCAGCUUUGCCUACUAUAUUGUUCCCAACUAUCUGUUCCCGUCCAUUACUGCUCUCUCCUUUGUCUGCUGGAUUUGGAAGGACUCUGUUACCGCCCAAAUAACAGGUUCUGACCGUCAUGGUCUCGGGAUUGGCUCCUUUGCCCUUGAUUGGUCAACUGUUUCUAGCUUCCUCUUAUCUCCCUUGGCCACCCCUUGCUUUGCUAUAGUUAACACAAUGGUUGGUUUCUUCAUAGUGAUCUAUAUAUUAAUCCCAACAGCUUACUGGACUAAUUCAUAUGAUGCAAGAAAAUUUCCCAUUAUCUCAUCCCAUGUGUUCGCAUCAGAUGGUUCAAGAUAUAACGUUACAAGAGUUAUGAAUCAAUCAACCUUCGAAUUCAAUCUCCAUGGAUAUGACAGCUAUGGCAAAAUCAAUUUGAGUAUCUUCUUUAUCUAUACUUGUGGUCUCAGUUUUGGAACAUUAACCGCAACAAAAUCUCAUGUUGCUCUCUUCUAUGGAAGGCACUUGGAUAAGUUUAAUAACGUCCACACAAGACUCAUUAAGAAAAACUAUGAAGCUGUGCCACAAUGGUGGUUCCACGCCCUCCUGAUGAUUGUAAUUGGAUUGUCCAUACUAACUUGUGAAGGCUUUGGAGGACAAUUGCUGCUGCCUUACUGGGGAGUAAUACUAGCAGCUUUGCUGGCUAUGCUCUUCACCCUUCCCAUUGGAGUCAUCACAGCCACUACCAAUCAGGUAAGUGACAGACUCACAGCCAAGCUUUGCUUAAGAAAUGAAUGCCUGACUUGCUAAUUUGUACACCUUUCUUGGACAGCAAAUGGGACUAAACGUCAUCACGGAGCUGGUUAUUGGUUACAUUUAUCCGGGCAAACCUCUUGCAAAUGUUGCUUUCAAGACCUUCGGCUAUGUCAGUGCCUCACAGGCCAUCAUGUUUUUGUCAGACUUCAAACUAGGCCAUUACAUGGAAAUUCCUCCAAGUCGAUGUUCCUUGUGCAGGUAAUUCCUUGAACACGUUCACAACUCAGAAAAAAAGGAUAACUUGAAAACAUGAAAUACUGAUUAAUAAUGAUAUCUCUGUAGUUAGUAGGAACAGUAAUUGCAUCUUCAGUCUAGCUUGGCACUGCUUGGUGGCUACUGACCACGGUGGACCACAUCUGUGAUCUGCCAAACUUGCCAGAAGGAAGCCCUUGGACGUGCCCUGGAGAUGAUGUUUUCUACAAUGCCUCCAUCAUUUGGGGAGUAGUAGGGCCACUUCGGAUGUUUGGGCCUCUGGGGUUGUACUCUAAGAUGAACUACUUCUUUCUCAUUGGCACACUUGCCCCGGUACCUGUGUGGGCACUCAGUAAGAUAUCUGCUCGGCAAAAAUGGAUUAGGCUUGUUAAUAUGCUCGUCAUUUUAGGAGGAGCAGGUGCUCUUGUAGCUGCCGUUUCUGUCAACUACAUGUGCUGGGGCGCUGUGGGAAUUUUCUUCAACUACCAUGUGUACCGGAAGUUCAAGGGCUGGUGGGCUCGCCACAACUACAUUCUAUCAGCAGGAUUAGAUGCCGGAGUAGCUUUCUCAACCAUCGUUUGCUAUUUUACGUUACAAAUCAGGAACAUCAAUGGACCCAGCUGAAGCGGGUGAUCACUGUCCCUUGGCCACUUGCCCUACUGCUCCUGGCACUGUUGUUGAAGGCUAUCCUGUUUUUCAU